AUGGGACUUGCAGUCCUCGAAGACUCUUUGUGUCGUCCCAGUCAUAUCGCUCCAGUCUCAACCCACUGUCCCUCUUCGCCUUUUUUUUUCCCUACCCUUUUUCCCUUCCCCCUGCCGCCCCUCCUUCCCCCUUUCGCCACGCACCUUCCCUCUCCACCAUGCCCCGUCCCCGUUCUGCCACUCCCCCUUUUCCCGUCCGCCGCUCCGCUUCCCCCUCCGCCAGUGCGCCAGCUGGGGCUGCCCACGGACCUGGCGGCGGUGGCGCUACUGGCGCAGGCGGCGGACGACUACGUGCGGGGCGAUAAGAGCACAUCCGAUAAGAGCCGCGCCAACCUGCUCGCGCUCGUCGCGCAGACGGGGGGUGGGCGGGUGAUGGGGAAGGGGGAGGCGGGGGUGGAGGCGGAGGCGGGGGAAGAGGGGGGGGCGGGGGAGGAGGCGGGAUUAAGGCGGGGCUCAGAGGAGUUGGGGGAGGAGCUAGUUGCGGAGCUGGACGCGUGCAUGCUGUCUUACUUUGGCUUCCACUGGCCGCACUCCGCGCUCAUGAUCGAACAGGUAUUCCGGGAACCAAGCAGCAAGCUGCACUUGAGGGACGUCGUUUAUGCCGUCAUUCAGCAGAGGCGGUUCAACGAGGCCAUAACGUGUCUGCGCCCGCAGCACCGCUUCUCCCAGCUGCUUUUGAGGCGCCUCAAAAGUCGCCCGCAGCAGCGCUUCUCCCAGCUGCUUUUGAGGCGCCUCAAAAGUCGCCCGCAGCAGCGCUUCUCCCAGCUGCUGCAUAAGAUGCAGAUCCUCGGCUGCUGCACAAGAUGCAGAUCCUCGGCUGCUGCACAAGAUGCAGAUCCUCGGCUGCUGCACAAGAUGCAGAUCCUCGGCUGCUGCACAAGAUGCAGAUCCUCGGCUGCUGCACAAGAUGCAGAUCCUCGGCUGCUGCACAAGAUGCAGAUCCUCGGCUGCUGCACAAGAUGCAGAUCCUCGGCUGCUGCACAAGAUGCAGAUCCUCGGCUGCUGCACAAGAUGCAGAUCCUCGGAUGCUACCCCCGCCUUGAAAGAGCGGGGGAAGCUGGGGGUGCGGGCGGGGUGGGGGGAGCAGGGGGAGCAGCGGGAGUGGAGGGGGCGGGAGGAGCAGUGGAAGCGGGAGGAGCGGGGAAAGUUGGGAAAGCAGGAGAGAGAAAAGGGGGACCGGGGCAAGGGGAAGCGAGACAAGGGGGAGUGGGUGAGGAGGGCAGAAGAUCAGAAGGCAAAGAACUAGUGGGUACUGGCUCUGAGAGGGGUAUCGGCCAUGAGGGUGGCACCUACUCCCCCCCUCACUCUAUCUUCCAGUUCCCCACUUCCUCCCCUUCUAACUCCCCCUAUCACUCUCCCUCUCACUCUCCGUCUCGUUCUCGCUCGCCCUCCCGUCCGCGUGCUGCAAGUGUGGAGGUCUCAAGGGAGGGGGAGGUGAUGGUGCCGGCAGCAACGGCGGUGCGCUCGCCCGUGCUGCUGCUGAUUGGGGGAGGCGGGGGCGCCUGCAAGUCAACGGUUGUGAAGGAAAUCAUGAAGCGCAUGGCGCCUUUUGCAGUGGUGGUUGAUUCCGACGCCUUCAAGGAGAAGGACGCAAUCUUCCGAGCUCUCUCUACUGACCGGCUGAACGACGCUGCCCGCAUCUCACAGCUGGUCCACGAGGAGUCGACCCGGGCGGCGCAAUCAACGCUGGUAACCGCGCUGAACGAGGGGCGCGAUGUGAUCUUUGAUGGGACCAUGUCGUGGGCGCCGUUUGUGCAGCAGACGAUUGCAAUGGCUAGACGGGAGGAGGUGGAGGAGGAGGAAGAGGAGGAGGAGGAGGAGGAGGAGGAGGAGGAGGAGGAGGAGGAGGAGGAGGAGGAAGAGGAGGAGGAGGAGGUGGUGGUGGUGGUGGUGGAGGAUGAGAGGACACGGCAGGGAGGGGGGAUGUGCUGGGAGAGGCGGGGGCAGAGGAGGGGCAGUGAGCAGCGGCUGCCGUAUCGCAUCGAGCUGGUGGGCGUGAUGUGCGAUGUGCACCUGGCUGUUGUGCGCGGCAUGCGGCGAGCCAUUUUGACCAAUAGGGGAGUGCCGGUGCACGAGCAGCUGCGGUCGCACAAGCUGUUUGCCAGCAGUGUGGAGGCGUACUGUGACCUCGUGGACGUGGCAACACUUUAUCCAACUAAUCACAUGGGGGGCCCGCCUCAGGUUAGUGGGAGUUGA